AUGAUUGGACACUGCGUGUUGUUUGUUUCUUAUUUGUUCUCUUACAUAUAUAAGACCGGUUUCCCCUGUACACAUAUCUCACCCUUCUACCUUACCGCCGAAUCCAUACGCUCAUCCACGUUACCUCUGUCUGAUCGACUGUUAGUGUUGGCUGUUACCGUGACAGCCUCACAAGUAGACACCAGCCUUUAUAGUCUGUCUUCCAAAGAAGCUGCGUUCUUCAAGGCCCAAAUCGGUAUCGACGACGACGAAGACUUGAAGAGGCAUAUCCUGGAGGUGCAGGCGAAAGCAUACAAGCUUGCACCAUAUCCUUGGAUUCGUGGUUUUAUCUUUAUUCUCGUGAACAUUUCGAGUAACCCUGUGUAUGAACACAUCCUCAAGCUUGGUCGCGAGCGCCCCGAUGCCGUGUUACUCGACAUUGGCUUCGGCAUUGACGCCAGAAAGGCCGCAGCGGACGGUUUUCCUGCAAAAAACAUUAUUGCCUCGGAUAUCCACAAUGUUAAUCCGUUUCAUAUGCUUGAGCUAAGCCAUGAGCUUUUCAAGACGACACCAGCUUCUUAUCCCGCAUGCCAAAUUCCCGGAGAUGUCCUCGAUCCAGAAUUUCUCUCCGUAGCUGCGCCGUUGGACGACGUCUCUCCGGCGCCAGCUACUGAUUUUUCCUCGCUGAAAUCCCUCAAUCCCCUUCGAGGCCGCAUUAGUGCAAUAAAUGUUACUAGGUUCUUCCAUCUCUUCCCUGAAGACAAACAAUUGCACCUUGCCAGAACUCUCGUGGGUCUAUUGUCUGCGCAGCCAGGCUCUGCUAUUUGCGGUCAUCAGGUUGGAAAAGCCGAAAAAGGCAUUUCAAUUGUCCUUGUCCAUGUAAUGGGCUCCGAGCAUCGCACGUUGGCUCAUUCUCCCGAAAGUUGGAGGUCUAUGUGGAGAGGUGUUCGAGAAGGGCACUGUAAAGGUAGAAGCGGAGUUAGUGGAUUUUCGCUUCACGGGAAGACACUCACCAAGAUGAGGUGGUCAGUGAUGAGGUUAUAG